AUGGAGGGUAUUUUUCCCAAUGCCUGGAAAAAUGCAUCGAUUACGCCGAUUCACAAAUCCGGAAACAUACACCAAGCUGAAAACUAUCGCGGAAUAUCGAUUCUGAGCUGUUUUCCGAAGGUGUUUGAGAGUCUAGUAUUUGACGUGCUUUACCAAUCGGUGCGUCAUACUAUUUCGGAAGAUCAACAUGGGUUUAUGAAAGGUAGAUCCACGACCACUAACCUUAUGACUUACGUUUCGAAGUUGGUUCCUAGACUAGACAAACGUCAACAAGUCGAUGCUGUGUAUGUAGACUUGAGCAAGGCUUUCGAUAAGGUACCACACGAGCUGGCUAUUGAAAAAAUGCGUCGUACUGGACUCCCAGAUUGGCUUUGGUCGAAAGAGUACAACGAUGCUUCAUCAGAUAUGCUCUGCGUCAACUACCAUGGAUCGACGCUCAUAACCUCCCGCCUUAUGAACAACGCUAACAACGUGGAUUGCUCAGAACUGCUAUCACUACUGCCGUUAAAUGCUCCCAUCAGAACAACCCGGACGCGCGAUUUUCUUAGACUUGCCCUGCGACGAACCCAAUACGGUCAAAACAACCCAUUGGAUCAACGCGAUUGCCUCAACGCAGCAACAAUUGAGCUGACCAGCAGCGGCGAUAUUUUUUUGGUCCGAACAUAUCCGUUUGUUUGGCUGCAAGUGGAAAAACAACCGGCCGCACGGCGGAAGCCAAAUAGUAAGCAAUUCUGGCAGUUUCUCCUAAAGGUGUGGCUGGAUCGAUUGAUGGAAGCACUCCGAUAA